UCCUUCCUCAGGCGAGUGUGGCUGCUGCAGUUUGAACCCAAAAACACAACAAGAUGACAUCUCUUCUCUUUGCGUUGCUUUUUUCUGGAUUGGGGAUCGGCGCAAAUGCUUACUGUCAUCCUCAAGAACUAAUUACCUGUACAACCUGCCCUCCUGGAUGGACUUGGUACGGAGGCUUCUGUUAUAUGUUUGACGCCACUGAAAGGGACUGGUACGAUUCAGAGCGUUUCUGUAACUCAAWYGGUGCAAYUCUGGAGUCUCUGGAGACACAAAGUGAYUAUGAGUUCGUCAGAGAACUGAUCCGUAGAUCAAAAGGAUCCGACGUACCAGCCUGGGUUGGAGGCUACGAUGCUGUGAAGGAGGGUGUUUGGUUCUGGAGCGACGGGACGCCGUUCACCUUUAAGGGCUGGYGUCCAGGAGAACCAAACAACCAUGGUGGAAAUGAGAACUGCAUGAUGAUCAACCUAAACAAUAAAGAUUACYUCAACGAUGCUCUGUGUAGCAUCAAGCUUGGUGCUGUUUGUACCAGAAACCCAUAAGUUGUCACUUUGACACAUCGGACUCGAUGAUGUCACUUCCAGCAGGAGGUGAAGCCUCGAUGACYUCACUUCUGGGAGAUAAUCGGACAUGUCUGAUGUCUCAUCCUUCAAACUACAACCUCAAAUAAAUGCUUGUUCUUUGCAAACCUUU